AUGCCGCUACCAUCUCAUCAGGCCGCUCAGCAAGCAGCCUCAUCGUCACCGCAACCACAUCAAUACCAUUACCAACAGCAGCAGCAGCAGCAGCAGCAGCAGCAGCAACAACAACAACAACAAGCACAGCAGCAUCAUUACCUUCAAUCUCAGCAGCACUACCCUCACCAACAGCCACAGCAUCACGCUGCGCCACCAUCACUGGACAAGUCCCAGUCUCAGCCGAUAGGUCGCAGCCAGUCCGCCUUCAACUUCCUCCUCAACAAGGCCAAAGCUCCUUUCUCCUCUUCGUCAAGCUCCUCCAAUCUCAAUGCGUCCACUUCGCUCUCGUCGCUGGCGACCCACCCGGAGGAUCCCUUCGAUGACACCACCAAUCACAUUCAGUAUCAUCGGCAGCUACAGCAGGAUCACAUGUUCCCACAGGCACCUCCGGGCUCUGCGCAGAACCGUAGAGUCCCGAGCGCCAACUAUCAACAGCAACAUCAGCAGCAGCAGCAGCAGCAGCAUCACCCCCACCAUCAGCACACCGACUCCAUUGUGACCUCGUAUCCUUCCCGGCCAGGACCGUUCUCUCGACCAAGCUACUCCGAGGAGGCCUCCGCCGGCGCCGUGGCCAGCCCCUCCAAGCGAGGCUUUUUCAGCGGCAUGGGUCGAGAUCGCAAAGCUUCCACUGCGUCGCUCAAGCAGCCACAGCCGGCCCUUCAAAAGCUCAACUUCUCCUACAGUCCUCUCUCCAAAGGGCAGCGUCAAGAGCCACCCAUCAGCAACAACUAUACCCACUACAGCAAAAGCCAGUCCGACCUGCAUGCGCGACCUGACCUUUCAUCCCCGACCAAUGCCCACUUUGAGCUUUCGCGCGUACCGGCUAUUUACCAGCAACAGCAUGCUUCUUCUGCCGCUACCGACGGAAAUCGAUUCUUGCGCUCUCCCAGUCCCGCAAUGAACUUUUCGCGCAGCGUCGACGAUCUCAGCUUGGCCGAUCGCUCCGCAUCGCCUCUCCCUGCCUCGCCUGGCUAUGAUGAGAGCACAUCGACCCUUGCUACUGCCGCCACUUCGACCUCGCCCGGCACAUGGGGAGAGCUCGGCGUCGCGGGCGCACAGCCCGACUGGCGGCCCAGCGACAUGGGUACCCUUGCAUCGCCCGCCGCCCAGCAACAUACCGCUUCCUUCCAACGCUUCAAAGCCGGCCACAACAAGCUCAGUUCGGUCUCAUCGCAUGUACAGCCCUCCACAACGUCCAUUGCAUCUACCAAAUGGAACAGCAUGUCGCCGCCCCAGCACAGUCACCUGCAAUCGGCUGCCGCGCAGCGAUUUGAGCCAAAACACGCGCGCAAGAUCUCCAAGCUCGGCGGCAAGGACACCGGCCGCGGUGUCGUCGCAAGCAGUCUUGCGGCAUCGCUUGGCCUUACCAACCUUGGCAGUUCCCCUGUUUCGCCCUCCCCACUCUCGAUCCAGACCGCCCUCGAGCCCGUGCCUCUUCCCCCGGGAGCUGUGUUCCAAGGCUUCCUCAGUCGCAAUGCCAACAUCAGCUUGACCAUCGCGCAGCUUGGUGGGCACGAUCAUACCAAGGGCAAGGACAAGGACAAGGAAAAGGACAUCGCCAAGGGCUGGAAGCCAUACCGCGUUGUGCUGCACGAUGGGCGUCUCUACUUUUACAAACCGCCCAGCAGCGUCUCGGACGAGGUCAAGGCCAUCUUCCCCACUGGCAUCGUUCGCAGUGUGCCCGCCACGCCCGCUGCAUCCUUGUCGAAUCUCAAUGCUGACCUGCUCUUGCGAAGCGGUCUCAGCAAGCAGGACCUACUCACCGCAACUUCCAGCAAUUCAGACAUGACGUCGCCGCUGCCAUCUCCGAGUCCACGUCCGCGGUUUCCAGCCGUUCGACAAAACACGUCGGGUUCCGCGUCUGCCGAGCCACCAGCAACUCCCCACGCAGCUCCUGCCGAGUUGGAUACCAGCGGUGCUGCGCACCGAGACUGGGUCAAACCGGGAAAACAUCCUGACCUCGUUUUGACCGAUGCCAUCGAUGCGCCUGCCGCAUGGAUCGAACGUAUCCAGGGUGGCAGUAUCUCAGCACUGGCGCACGAGUUCGUCAAGGCAACACAGCUGCCCGCAAAGGCCGUUUCAGAUCCGAGGCGGUCCAUUACAUCGCCCAUCUUGAAUCAUGGCAAAGCAGACAGGUCCGACAACUGGCCCGUGGAGGGAUUUGUGGUUACCGUGUUUGCUUCCAUGCUCGCCAGCGGAGAGGGAAAGUCAUCAGAACCAGCGCAGAUCACUGCCUUCCUCUCUGAGGUACAGACGCGUGCAGAAGAGGUCCUUGCUGCCUCUGCGCCAACAGCCUCACCCCAGUCCGACUCUGCGCUCAAGUCCCGUCUCGCGACGCUGCUCGACGUUUCUGUGCGAGCCGGCAUCAGCGCAACAAUGGAGCGGCGCGCCGCUCUCGAACGUCUGGCAGGUCUAUUGCAGCUUGACAAUGAUGACCUUUCGAAGAAGGUAGAUGCAUCGGCAGCGCCCGUCCUUGAUGCCGAGGCCAUUGCUGCUACCCAGCUCCCCGACUGGAUCACUGUCGUAGCUGACAAGGACGUGGGCGAGACCCGCCCAGACUUGCGCAAGUUGCGUAGCUCCCUCACCAUCUCGGACGAUCUUUUGCUGGAGCUGGAACCUCUCGAGAUCGCUCAACAGAUCCAAGUUUUCCACGCCAAUGCGCUGCGUCUCCUGGCUAGUCCUCACCUAUCAUUCUGCGAGUUGCUCGAGGCAGCCAAGACACACCCUCAGGUGGUUAGCGCGCUCAGCUUCGACUCGUUGUCUCCUCAUCCGCUCACCACGUUGGUUCUCAAGCAUCUGCUCAGCUCAAGCUCGGCCGGAUCCGAUGCAACCAAUGCAGCGCAAAAUGGCGCUCGUCACCGCGCCUCGGUGCUUCGUCAUUGGAUUGCCAUUGCCUCGUAUCUUCUGACGCUGGGCGACAUCGCUGGCUGGAUGGCCGUCUGUACCGCCCUGUGCUCUCGCGCCGUGACUCGCCUCGAACAGACGUGGCGCUAUUUGGCCGAAGGCGACCGAGUGCUGGUGGCAGAGGAGUGGGCGCCCAUCUUGUCGAGCAUCUCCUGGUCUGAGGGUCUCGCUGUCAACGUGCAACCGCGCUUUGUUGGCGACAAUGCCGAACCCUUUGUCACCUUGCAGGACGGUACCCGCACCGCAGCAAUCCCUUACCUUGGCAACUCUCUCUAUCGUACAGUACGCCAGUCCGACGACUCCGCAGAUCGAUCGGCUCAAGAUGGUCAAGUCAAAGUCUCGGGUCGAGGCGAUGCUGCUUAUGGUCUCUGGACCUCGACGAACGAGUGGCGUGCGGCAUGGCAGCGGCCUGCUGCCGAGUCCACUUUGUGCAUCGCUGGUCAGUCCGAGCCUUUGGCAGAAUACCAGGCAAUGAUGCAACUGCUGCUCCGAGAUGCAUCCAAAAGCCGCACGCCCGACUUCCACAUGGAACGCUCCUUCCAGCUCGAGGCGAAGGCUCUCGGCAACCUCGAUGCUCGCGAGAGGCACUCGUUGCCCAUCUCCGCCAAUCCUUGCCUGCCUGUAGUACCUCUUCUGUUCCCACAACCCCUGCCGCUCUUGUCCUUGCUGAAUGCGGCUCAGAUCAAAGCCGAGCUCUCGCGACGCGACGGGCAGCGCGUCAACAUGGGAAGCGACUCACAAUCCACCAUCGCUUCGCGCCCUCUGGCUCGUCCCACGCUUGCAGGCUCCCCCAUCUUCCGAUCUUCGGCGUUUUCGCCGCCUCUAGCAGGUCGAUCUGGCCGCAAUCCUGCCUUCAGCGGCGUCGUUGAAUGGUCCUCGAUCGCCCCUACGCCGACCCGAGAAGAUCAAAGCAGCAGCAACAGUGUCAUCAAGAUCGGCAACGAAUUGGUGCUCCGCGUGGCGCAAGAGACCAAGUUGUCGCUUCCCAACUCUCCCAUGACCAGCAAGCGAUUCUCGCAAGACUUUGGCCGCUACUCACGACCGCUCUCGCAAAUCUCGAAGCGCUCCAGCUUGCCCACGUCCAACCGCAGCUCGGUCGUCGACAUUGUGGUGCCCUUGCAAGUGGUCGUCAAAGCUGCUACUCUCGAUCGCAUGAUCGACCUUCUUGUGAUGGGAAUCCAACACGUCGGUGUUACGCCCUCUCCCUCCGCCAACGAAAGCAGCGAGCCGCACAACGCGACCAAUCGAAAGACCAAGCUGAUCAUGGACAUGGAAGCGUACCGUACCACGUUCCUCGCGACUUUCCGCAGUCUCUGCUCGCCGUCGGAUCUGUUUGAGCAGCUUCGCAAACGAUUCUCGACCGCCAUCACUGCAAGCAAGGAGCUUACGGGAGCGGAAGAGUUCCGCCCCUCGAGCCAAUUCCCUUCGUGGAUCCCACUCAUCCCAGCCGGCAGUCAAGCGGAGCCGACCGAUUGGGACAUGGUCUACCGCAUCCGUAUGGGCGUUGUCUUGACCUUGCGCCUGUGGAUAGACCGCUUCCCGCAAGACUUUGUCGAUGACGAUGUUCUCUACCAGCUGACGUGGAGUUUCCUUCGUCAUCCGGGCGUGGAGGUGACGCCUGAGGAUCCUGAUCAGCAAAAGGUUGUCAACGCGCUGGCUCAGCUCCGAGGCACGUACGGUGCCAGAAUCAUGGGUGCAAACGCGAGGCAGGAGGAGCGCAGCUAUGCCGCAAGUCUGCCAGUGCACGUCUCUGCCGACCAGCCUCAGGCCGAAUUCGACUUUGACAGGGCCACCGCGGCCGAGCUGGUCGAGUACCUCGAAUCCAUCGCCACCGUCUUCUUCGACAAAAUUGUCGACCGAGACCUGCUCGUCGUCAGCGAAAUCUUUGAGAAGCAGGCGAGCCACCCGGCCGCUUGGUUCACCGUCAAGCCAGCCGGCACUGGAAGCGCUGACGAGGACAAGCCCGUCACCAACAUGUACACGAUGCUCGAUGCUAUCAAGGUGGGUGACGGGGCGAGCAAAGACGUUAGCAAGGAUGCGUCCUUGCAGCACAAGCUUCCGUCAGCAGUUCGCGACGCCUUGGCAGCACAGAGUCUGUUCCGCGGUUGGAUCGCAAUCCACAUUAUCGAGUCGGGAAUCGGCCUGGAGCGUCGCCAGGAGAGACUCUGCAAGCUCCUCGAUGCCCUUUGGAUCUGCAGAGCCCGAAUGCUGAGGCUGAGGGGCGACGAGGCUUCCAGCUCAAUCAUUCCCCAAAAUGUCAGCACCACCGCCGUCACGGACACAGCUCUGCCGUUCCGCGAGCCCACCAUCGGAUCGUUUGUUGAGUCUGCCAUCGUCAACACGCUUGGCUCGUCCGAGUCACGCAUCUUUUUGCGAGCCUGGCAGGGUGUUGCCGCGAGUCGUAGCGCCAGGGGUGACGGUCUUGAAGACCUUUGGCCCAAGCAAGUCGACUCGGAAAUGCGCUCAGCUGCCGAGCUUUCGGGGACGACGGAUAUCGGUUGGAUCCUCUCGUGCUUGGCCGAGGCUGCCACAAAGGCUCCCAGCGUGCAGGCGGGAGACGUCGAGCUGAUCGAUUUCGAAAAGCGUCGCACCAUGUGGGCGCUGAUCGACGGUGCAGUACGAGUGCGACCUCCUUGCAACGUGGCCGAUCUCGUCGAGCUUGCCGGGGCUAGGCUUCGUUUGAUGCAAAGUGCUCUCACUCGCGUCAUCUGGGAUCGUCGAGCAUUCCGCGAGGACGCAGCCAAAGAGAUGCGCAAUGCACCGCCCGUGCGCUCCGAUGGGCAAUUGCGACCCAUCAGCUCCGGAAAAGCGCUCACCGGCCUCUCCAAGCAGCAGCAAGAGAAACUUCGUCGCGACCGAGCAGCCUUGAUGAUGCUCCAUGCGAUUCCUCUGCGUCCUUCCAUCUCGUCGCGCGUGUCGAGCAUGCCUUCCAGCAGCUCACGCACCUCGGCCGCAGCCUCGCCGGCAUCCGGCUCGACGCCGUUGCCCUCGGAGAAGAACACCAGCGCUCCGGCGCCUCCGCCUGACAAGGCUACCAUCCGUGCCCGUCGAAUGACAGCGCUCUUCAAGGGUGCCGUACGUCCGCUCAUUUCGCUUGACAGGCCUGACGCGCCCGCGAAGUCGGUCUCUGAGCUGAUGCGCCUGACUCCACUGCAGAAGCCUUCGAUCGUUGCAGGUCUCGGAGGUGCUCGUGUUUCGGUCUGGAACAAUACGCAGCGCUCGUUUGUGUUCCACCUAACUUCGCAGGAAGGCGCCAAGUAUCUGUUGCAGGCAAACAACGCCGCCGAGCUGUCAGAAUGGGUGACUCACAUCGAAAAGGCCUCGAUGGAGUAUGCCGUAAAGAGCCCGCUAGAUGCGCGUAAGGGCUCAGUGCCUUCCAAAGGCAAAGCUGCACACGCGCCUCUCUACGGACGUCCACUGGUGGAGCUUGUGGAGCGCGAGGGACACUCGGUGCCGACGGCGGUCGAACGCAUGUUUGCCGAGAUCGAGGCCAGAGGUCUGCGCGAGCAAGGCAUCUAUCGAAUCUCGGGAUCCAAGAGCGCCGUCGAGAACCUGCGCCGUACAUGGGACCAACAGCCGGCAGAAACGGUCGAUCUUUCCACAGGCGAGUUCAGCGACAUCCACACGAUUGCCGGUGCCGUGAAGACGUGGCUGCGCGAACUGCCGGAGCCGCUCAUCACGUUCGACUCGUACGACGAUCUCAUCGCGACGAAUGCCAUGGACAACGACGAUCGCCUGUAUGCCAUGCGCGACAUUAUCUGGAAGAUGCCCAAGUGUCACUUUGACGUUCUGCGUCGCACGGCAGAGCAUCUGGCACGUGUCGUCGAGGAGGGCGAGGUGAACAAGAUGCUCGCCCACAAUGUGGCGCUCGUGUUUGGCACGUCGCUGUUGAAUCCGCCGCCGGGCCCUUCGAGCGUCGCGAUCGGGUUUGGCAACCUUGGCAAGGCUGCCAACGUGGUCAAAACGAUUGUUACGAUGCACGAAUGGCUGUUUGAGCCUGAACCCGAACCGGAGGCAGAGCCUGAGGCUGAGCCCCAAGCCGAGCCUCUGGCGCAGCAGACUCAAGAGCAGGCCCAGUAUCAGGCCGAUGAAGGCAAUGCUGAUGCGGUGGCUCACGGUCAGGACGAAGAGGCAUCGACAGUGCUCUUGGAUUCGGACCAUGCUUCGCCCUCUCCUAGGCAAACCGUACCUGCGCAGGAUGACCCUUUGUCGAUCGGUGAAGGUGCGGCCCAGCAUCAGGCAAGUGACUCUGUUGAGGGUGACAGUGUAGACGACGAGCCUGUAGACGACGAGCCUGUAGCCGAGCUUCCGGUGAGGUCUCGUCGUGGAGGCGGCCGAGCAAGGCCUCUGACGAUUGUUGGCCUUGACGGACUAUCGGCUCUAGGCGGAACCAAUGACAUUGCCAAGGUACUGGAGAGCAGCGACGGUGUCAAGGAGGCGAAUGCAAGCAUCGAUGAUGACACGCAGGCUGACAGGGGGCCGGCAAGCGAUGCUCCCGUUGAGCCGCGGUCGAUGGAAGCGGCGCCUCGCAUCGUGCUCUCGCCCGACGUCGACAGCGAAGACGAUCUAGCGAACGAGGAUGACGACUCACAAAGCGGCGCAGACGACUCGAACGACCCUGUUGCCCCUUCUGAGAGCGAGGCACAGCAGCACGACGACAGCAAGCCAGAAGGCGAACCUGACUCUCUCGAUGCACAAUCCAGCCCCACCGAACUUGCAGUAGGCUCUGAUCGUCGACAAAGGACGCGCAGCACGUAUCGGGACAGCGUGUUCACCUCGUACUCGAUCUACGCCGACUGCUUUGACAACAUGAAGCUGGAAAGCCAGUCUUCUGCUGCAAGCAUGGUCAAGCGUCAGUCGAUGCACUUGCUUGGUCAGCCUUUGGAAGGCACAGCUGCCGGGGCUAGGGAAGGCAAGGCCGGUGAUGCGUAG